AUGACUGAAUUAUCAUAUUUGAAGAGGAUGGAUAUUCAAGACUUUUAUCGAAUAGAAACGGAAGAGAAGUUUGUCCGUGCAAUCUACCAUGCUUCAGAGGACAGUAAAGACAAGGGUGCAGAUAAGGGUGAUGGUGAUGAUGAUGAGUCUAACGCAGAGGAUGAGGAGACAGUAGAGCGGAAGGAUGAUGAGGAAGAGAAAAACCCCUGUUCCGAGGAGGACAAAAAUAAUGAGGCGAUAGGGGACAACAUACAUUCUGAUGAGUCAUGGAAGAAGACAGAUGAGAAACAACUAGAGGAGGAUUAG